UGUACCGACCCAAUUUGACAGCUGUUUUCGUGAAGAAAGAGUGCACUUUGCCGUGAAGUUUCCUCCCUUGUUUACCGGAAGUUGCCGCGGCCCAGUCACCACGAUGGACUUUGCCAAAAUCUGCCGCCUGUGCCUGCAGGAACGAGGCCGGAUGCGGAACGUGUCGGAGUACCAAAGUGACUUCUUCAAGAUCAUCUUCAGCAGCAUCCUGCAAAUCGAGGUCAUUCCGGACGACCAGCUGCCGCAAAAGAUCUGCUGGCAGUGCAUCUCUGCGCUAACGAAGCUCAACAACACGGUUCUGGAGUUUCGGAGCAACGAUCUGAAGCUGCGCAACCAGCUGCGUCAGAUGGCUCAGGUCAAGGUGGAAAUCGCCGAAGACGAGCAGGAAGUGGAUCCGAUUUCGAUCAUAAAAUGUGAAGCUGUUGAGGUGGCUCCAGAUGAAACCACAACACAACAGGAUGAGGACAGUGAAGCUACGUUGGACGCCGAUGAGCAAGACGAUGUAAUUAGCCCUGCAUAUGAAGAGCACGAGGGGUACCAACCAAGUGAAUUGGUUGAGGUUGAUUUAACGGUGAACGGAGCAGGAUCUGUGCAAAACAAAAUCCCCGAGAUAAUAAAUCCCAAGGGAAAGCCUGGUCGUCCUCGGGUGCGACCCAUAAUAGUGCGGCGGAAGGGAGUUUUUGGGCGUCGGCCCAUUCAUCCCAGAGAUCCGAAAGCGCCGCGCAAAGAUGAGAAACGCUGCUACAUCUGCAUGAGUGAUAUCUUCGAAAGCGCAGAGGCACUAUUUUACCACUUGAACUCACAUGCCGAUCAGCUGCCGUACACGUGCACGAUCUGUGUGCGGGAAACUGUCGUUAUCAAACAGAUCACCACGCUGAACAUCCACAAAAGGAUGCACCUACUGCCGGUGGCGUGUUCGCACUGCGACAAGCGAUUCGUCUCCGAUUCCAGCUUGAAGAUGCACCUGACAACUCAGCAUCAGGAACUCGAUGCAACGAGUGCCGCACCCAUGCCGUGUCCUACGUGUGGCAAAGAGUUCCUCUCUGAGAAAGCGCUCAAAUUCCACAUGCACUCCCACAACCAGCAGGGCAGCUGCGAAAUCUGCGGAAAAGUGUACUACGCGAAACAUAAGCUGAAACGACACAUUCAGCGAGUUCACGAAAAGUCUACCAAAGUCGAGUGUCAAAUUUGUCACAAAACGUUAAACGGGUUGGAUGUACUGCAGAGUCACAUGAAACAUAUGCAUUCGGACGAAAAGAUGCAGUGCAAGUACUGUCCAAGAACAUAUACAUGCAAGGCAAGCUUGCUGCAUCACGAAAAGCGCCACGAAACCCUGCCCGAGGGGAAAGAAAUAAGCAAAGACUGGAAGGAGUACUACACGUACGUCGAUGACGAAAGCACCAACGGUGUCCGCCGGAAGAAGUGCAACCUGUGCGGCAUCGUGGUGCUGGGCAUCGGCGCUCAUCUAACGCAGGUUCACUUCCCAAAAAAGUUCGCCUGCGACCUGUGUGAGGCCGAGUUUCGCGACAAAAGAGCGCUGGCCGUGCACAAGCUGGAGCACAGCAAGGGCAAGUUCCUCAAGUGUCCCAUCUGUGAUCGUGAAUUCACCGAGCCUCGCUAUCUGAUGAACCACCUGAAGACAAAGAAGCACCGCGACCAUCCGCUGGCGCAGAACACCGAGUGGCUUAACGAAAUGACUUCUUCGGUUGUUAAGACGCCCAAAAGAACGCAAUUGAAGACCGCAACCAGGCCGCCGCAAGAAGAUGAACACCAAGUCGCAGUGGAUGGGCUUGAAAUGUUUGAGCAAGACUGGAGUGAUUCAAUCACGAUUGAACUGUUCCGGGCGAACGAUUUAAAGCUUCGCAAUCAGUUGUACGGAUUUGUUGAGGUCAAAACGGAGAUCAUUGAGGAAACGGUGGAACCGGCACCGUUACCAAAUCCCAAAAAAGAAGAUGAACAGGAGGAAAACGGUGAACUGCCGGAGGCAGAGUACUUGGAUGAGGAUUUACUCGUGGAUCCCAGUGAGAUCAAAAGUCCAGAAUACGAGGACCUUAAAGGCUUCACUAAAAACGAGGAUCAAGACGAAUCUGAUUUGGACAUUACAGCUGAUUGGAAGGUGCCAACAGACGAGAGUGAUUCUCAACUGGAACGUCCCAAGCGAAAGCAGGGUCGACCGCGGGUUAGACCGAUGAAACAGCGGCGAAAGGGCGUCUUCGGUCGGCCCCGAACUAACUUUAGAGAUCCAAACCGGCCACGUAAAAACGAUCACAAGUGCUACAUCUGCAUGAGUGAAUCGCUGGGAAGUUCCGAAGCGCUCUUUGUCCACUUGAGUUCACACACCGACCAGCUGCCGUACACGUGCACCGUGUGCGUGCAGGAAACGGUCGUAAUAAAUCAAGUCACCACGCUGAACAUCCACAAAAGGAUGCACCUACUGCCGGAGAAGUGCCCGCACUGCGACAAACGCUUCAGCGGCAAACACAACAUCGAACUACACAUAUUAAUGCUGCACCAGGAGCUCGCACCGCAAGACGAAAGCCCCGCACCGUGCCCCACGUGUGGCAAGGUGUUCCUGUCGGAAAAGGCUCUGCGAUUCCACAUGCACUCGCACAAUCAAAGAAUUGCGUGCGAAAUCUGCGGCAAAAUGUACCACUCGAAAACAAAGCUCCGUGUUCACAUUCGACGGGUGCACGAAAAAACCGGCAAAGUGGAGUGCCACAUUUGUCACAAAAUGCUGAAUUCGUUGGAUGCGGUUCAAAGUCACAUCAAUAUUAUGCACACAAAUGAGAAGGUUCAGUGCAAGUACUGCCCGAAGACCUACACCUCGAAAACGAGCCUCCGCCUGCACGAAAAGCGCCACGAAACCAUCCCGGAGGGUAAGGAAAUGUCCAACGACUGGAAGCAGUUCUACACGUUCGUGGAAGGCAACGAGGACCUGAAGCCGAGUGCCCGCAUGAAGCGGUGCAACCUGUGCGGCGCCACCGUGCUGCAAAUCGGAACCCACCUGGCCAAGCGCCACUUCCCGAAGGAGUUCCGUUGCGCGCAGUGCGAAACAAACUUCAGCGACCGGAAGGCGCUGGAGGUGCACAUGCUGGAGCAUAGCGUCGGGAAGUUCCUCAAGUGUCCCAUCUGCGAGCACGAGUUUACCGAGCGAAAGUAUCUGGUGAAGCAUCUCAAGACCAAAAAGCACCGCGACCAUCCGCUGGCGCAGAACACCGACUGGCUCGACGCCAAGUACCCGUCGACGGUGCCGAAGCGGAUCAAGUCGGAGGGUGGCGCGGUGCAGGAGGUGCAGAGCGCGGUGGAAAAACCCAUUGCACCCCGAUUGCCCCCGACGUCACCCUUUCCAACUGACAGAUCACGCCAGUGUGUUUAUAUUCAUCUGUCACUCGCCAUCGUCGUCGUCGAGCCAACAGAGCAGCAGCACCAGAUUUUUCUUCCAACGAUGGAGGACGAUUCCGCGGUGGCCGCCGCCGCCGCCGAGGCGCUUCCGGACGUGAAACAGUCGCUGGAUUUCGAGAAAAUCUGUCGCCUCUGCUGCGAGGAGCGCUUCCGGAUGCGGACCAUUCUCGCCACCGAGGGGGACUACGCGCUGGGGAAGAUUUUCAGCGAGCUGCUCCGGAUCGAGGUUUAUCCCGACGAUGGGCUGCCGCAGAAGGUUUGCAAGGAGUGCGCCAGGAAUAUCGUCAAGAUGUUCGAGGCCGUCGAGUACUAUCGGGCGAAUGACAUGUCCCUGCGGAAGCAUCUGGUCGGAACGGUGGAGAUCAAGGAGGAGGAGGAGGAAGUGGACAUGGACUCGCCCAACGUUAUACAGCAGCUGAAAAUUGAAAUGCUCAGCGAACCUUCAGCAGCGCCGGUGAAGAGCGAAUAUCGCGAAAGACAGCAGCGACAGACGCUCGAGCAGGAUUAUGAGGACGAUCCGACCUGGGAGUUUGGGGACAGUUUGUAUCCGGGCAACGAGGACGAAGACGAUCGGCAAUCUUCCUCAUCUUCGUCGUCGUCGUCUUCCGACAGCAGCGAUGGCUCGGUCGACGGAGACACGUCCGACUCGGACGCUUCGGAAGAAAUCAAGCCCAAGAAGCGAGGUCGUCCACGGGGCAAAACCAAUAGAGGACGUCCGCGGGGAUCGGGCGGAAAGCGUGGCCGUCGCAAAACCAAAGUGGACAAUCCGAGUCGGCCACGUAAAAACGACCACAAGUGCUACAUCUGCGGUUCGGAACCGCUCGGCUCGGCAGAAGCCCUGGUGGCUCAUCUGAACGAACACACGUCCGAAGUUCCGUACACGUGUCCAAUCUGUGUCAUGCAAACGAUCGUAAUUACCAGUGUCAACACGUUGAACAUCCACAAACGGAUGCACCUGAAUCCGUACAAAUGUGACCACUGCGAUCGUCGUUACAGCGACCGGAACGCGGUCGAUUUGCACAUGCAAAUGCAGCACACGGGCGCCAACGAUCCGUGUCCGUCGCCCUGUUCGUACUGCGGCAAGAUCUGUCCGACGCGGCUGUCCCUGCGCUAUCACGAGCGAAGUCACCAGACGGCCGUGGCCUGCGAAAUCUGCGGCCGACUGUUCGCCGAGAAGCACAAACUCAAGCAGCACAUCCGCCGGAAGCACGAAAAGAUCCGCGAGCACGAGUGCCACCUGUGCCACAAGAACUUCUCCUCGCUGGACUCGGUUCACACCCACAUCCGGACGAUGCACUCGAACAACGAGUACAAGUGCGAGUACUGCAGUCGAACUUACACGUCCGAGCUGUCCCUGCGCUACCACAAGAAGAAGCACGAAAAUGACCAAAACUACCAAGCAACCCAAAAGUGGACCCAAUACUACACCGUGCUGGAGCCCGAACCCGGCGCCAAGGAGGGCGCCCAGCGCAUGAAGCGGUGCAACAUUUGCGGGGCCGUCGUGCAGCAAAUCGGCACCCACCUCAGCAACAUCCACUUCCCCAAGGAGUUCCGCUGCACGCUCUGUGACGCGGUCUUCAAACGCAAAGAAACGUACGAAUCGCACGUCAUGGAGCACGAGCACGGCAAAGCGUUCAAGUGUCCAAUCUGCGGCAAAGAAUUCUCCAGCCGCAAGCUACUCAUCUGCCACCUCAAGACCAAACAGCACCGGGAUCACCCGCUCGCCCAAUCCCUCGAUUGGCUGUACACCAAGCGGGAACGCGUACCGAAGCAUUUACAACAGCAGCAACCGCCGCCAAUUCAACCGCUGCCUCAGCACGUCGUCAAACGGGAAACGACCAUCGUGACCGGCGUCGAGCAGACCGUCUACACGACGCCAACAACUCCAACCGUGCAAGUGAUGGAACGUGGUGGACCAGCUGUGGCGACGGCGGCGGCUCCGUCCCCGAUGGACAUGUUCAAGGUCGGAGGAAGCGGGGUGCUCGUGUACCCGUCCGUUGUGGUGGAAACCCACACGCCGGACGUGCGCAGUCCGGAAAUGGUCGUACCGGUGCCGAUGAAGAGCGACAACGGGAUGGUGUUGCAUUCGUCGGAAAUUUCUUCGAUUUAACCCGGCUUGGUGGGGAAUGUGUUUCGAUCAAAGUAACGUACAUUUGAUAUUUAGAUAAUUUAGCAUACUAUUAGCAAUAGUAGCCGUAAAUCAAUCUAUAACAUGACUUUCUCAUUUCCGUGCAACCCGCAAAUAUAUAACAGUUAAUCGUAAAUAAAAAUGAAUAA